CAAAUGGCUAAUCAAAACUUGGGAUGGGUCAUAGAGUUGGGAAAUGAUGUGCAGGGAAACCUCUGUUUAAGGAGAGCACUGAGAAACAAACAUGCAACUUGUACUGUAUUCACGAUGGACUUUACAUCUGUUAUCUGAUGUUGCAAGAGAAGAGGUGGGGAGUGUAACAAGAGGGAGUAGAAAAGAAGGGCAGUCUUCAUUUUUGGAGGACAGGAUCGAGAAAACUCUGACAGGCAUUACCAGUGCUGGGUGUAUUUUGUCCACCACAAACAUGACUUUGCUGAGAUGUGUCAUCGCUCAGAUACUGUGGGCAUUCUAUGUUAUGGGAGAAGAGGCUGCUGGAAAGUGUGGGUCACCACCUGCUAUUGCUAAUGGAGACACCGUUGGGUUUGCACAGAAAGAGUAUGAAUCAGGUUCUACAAUGAGAUACAAAUGCCAAAGUUUUCAUGUAAUGGAGGGAUCUGAGUCUGUUCACUGUCAGUCUGGCCACUGGACAGAUCCACCAGUUUGCUUAGAGCCAUGUACAGCAUCCCCAGAUAAGAUGGAACAAAACAACAUUCAGCUGAGAUGGAGAAAUGACAGGAAAUUGUAUUUACGAAGUGGAGACUUUGUUGAAUUUGUCUGUGUAAGGGGAUAUGUGAGGGAUCCAGAAUCUUCUGAUUUUAGGGCCCAGUGUGUGAAAGGGAAAUUGACAUAUCCUAGGUGUAUCACACAACAGCCAUGUACAGCAUCCCCAGAUGAGAUGGAACAAAACAACAUUCAGCUGAGAUGGAGAGAUGAUAGGAAAUUGUAUUUACAAAGCGGAGACUUUGUUGAAUUUGCCUGUGUACGGGGACAUGUGAGGGACCCAGAAUCUUCUGAUUUUAGAACCCAAUGUGUGAAGGGGAAAUUGGUAUAUCCUAGGUGUAUCACAUGAUGGACUUCAAGAAGAACAAAAUAAGCAUCACUUUAGCCCCGAUCAAAGCAUCAAAAUCCAUUGACUUGUAACGUUCAUGCCUUAUGUCCUUUGCCACUAUUUGGUUGACUGAACUGAUAUAUAUAAAAUCUCUUUUUUAUGUUUGCUCACAAUGUAUAUUUUAAAACAAUUUUACAAUAAUAACAAAAGAUAGGAAAAUAGGUUGAAACUCACGUCAAACUACAAGGAAAAAUGAUUGUCUUCUAGCUCAAAUGUACAGAAAACAUUGACUGAGCUAGUUAAAGUUUAAAUUCAUACUGUCUUUAUUUUUUCCUUUAAAAAUAAAUAUUUGUAUACUUUCUUUGUCACUCUUCUUAAAUAGUCUGUAUUUUUUUUGUGUAACACCAUCAUCCCAACGUUAAAGUAGAAGGAAUCUUAGGAUUUAGAGAGAAAUGGAGACAAAGAUGAUAGCUUGCAGCUGGCUCAAACAGCACCAUGGUGUAUGUGUUUGUGAAUAAAUUAUCUAUUCUUA